AGUAUUUUUUUAUUUUUGAGAUUUCUAGGGCAUAAACAAUGUAAAUGUGAUACAAAAAUAUCAAUGGGAGCCGAAACAAGUUCGUUAGAAGAGUGUUCCCUUGAAUAUCCUGUAAUCACAGGUUCAGAGACUCAAUGGGAAGUCAGACAUGGUAUCACGUUUGAGAACGACACCCCAAUAACAGUUUUCAGUGAGAGAUCUAAGAAAAAAGACAACUUAAGAGUUUUUGAAAGAAAUUUAAAAUUUUUGAAGAGUAUUCGUCAUCCAAAUAUCCUCCAUUACAUCAGAGAUGGAAAGAAUGAAGAUCGUUUCCUUGUUACAGAAAGAGCAACACCAUUGUCACUUGUCAUCGGAGAUUUAUCAUCCAUGGAAGUUGCCUCUGGCAUUUGUAAUAUAAUUUCAGCUUUGUCAUUUCUUCAUGAUAAGGCCAAUAUUUGUCAUAACAAUAUUUGUGCUGAUACAGUUUAUGUCACAGAGAAUGGACAUUGGAAACUUGGUGGCUUUGAAUGUGCCUGUCGUUUUGUAGAAGCUACCCCUCAAUUCUUAAAAAGUGUUGAAAAAUUUAGAAAUGAGAAUAGCAUAGUCCCUGAAGAAAGGGGAGAAGGAUUGAAUUUAACAGCAGAAUUUGGACAUGUCAGAGAUGUGUAUAGUUUUGGUGUUCUGGUAGACUCCUUACUAGAACAGUUAGAAGAUUUAGAUGAUAUAAUAAAAACUUUUGAGCUCAGAAUUCAAGAUGAGUGUUUAAAUAGUGAUCCAACACAAAGACCAAAGCUUCACACCUUUCUGGAGGACAAAAUAUUUAGUAAUGAUUUAUUAUCUCUCUCAACUUUCCUUCAUCACAUUACAUUGAAGAAUAAAGACGAAAGGGAAGAUUUCUACAGAAAUUUACUCCAAAGACUCCAGUCUCUUCCUGAAGAAACAGUAGGAAAACAUCUAGUCAAACCAUUGUUAUGUAGAUUUGUAUUACUAGAUAAAACAGCAAGGGAAAUUGUGGCUCCUCACAUAUUGACCCCUUUGAGAGAUUUUAGUAAUGGAAGAUUGGCUCAGAGAAGGGAGAUAACUCCGGUAUUUUCAGAAUCCAUUUACAGAUCUUGUGUCAUUCCAGAGUUGUAUAAAGCUUUCUGUUGCCAUGAAAUAAACAUAAGAACUUUAUUGCUCAAGUAUUUUCCAUGUUAUGUAGAUUUAUUUGAUAAAGAAAAGUUGGAGGAUAUUAUUUUUCCACAGAUUUUACUUGGUAUAAGAGAUACAAAUGAAGAGUUAGCUGCCCUUAGUUUACAUUGUCUGGCAGACAUGAUACCCAUACUUGGUAGAGAUGUAGUUAUUGGAGGGAGGAGUAAGACAUAUUUUAUUGAGGGUCUACCAAAGAAUGUAAAUACAAAUCUACAAGAAAAAGAUCCUGCCAAGAAUAUAAAUGGUGUAAUUGGAAAUGGCAAGGUGAAGUUAAAGGAUCUAGCUACAAUGAGCAAAACCAAGACAGAAAAUAACCAAAGCUCACCUUCAGACAGUAAAAGUAAAGAAGAAAAAAUAAAAGAAGCAAGAGAAAGAAGAGAACAGAAAAGACUAGAAAGACAAAACAGAAAGAAUUCGUUUACAAAAGCAACGCAAGAUGAGAUAAAUAAAAUUGACAACAGAAUUUCAGAAACAGACAGUCAUUUUGAUAAUAUAGUCAAAAGUCUACCUGUUGACCAGGAAAUUAACAUGCAACCAAAUCAUGUAGAUGACAUUCAACCAGAAGUGUUCAGUACAGACAAAGAUGACUGGUCAGAUUGGGAGGAUGAGAAUCAAUCUCUUAAUGAUGAUUGGUCAAAUUCGUCACAUGAUCAUGGGACAUCACCGACAAAUUCUAGUGUUGCCAUAGAGACAACUCAGUCACUUUCCUCAAAUAAACAUUAUUCCCCCAAUAGAAUUCAUCCUACUGAUAAAAGGACUGACUCCAUGUGUUCAAAAGACAAUGGCAUUAAUCAUGUUAAUGAAAAUACAAGUAAAUCCUACAGCAAAACUGAUCAUACUUUAAAAAAAUCUGGAAUGUCGUUAAAAGGGAAAGUGAAAACUAUCAAACCACAAGCUAACAAACCUCUUGGUGCUGAAUUUGAUAUUCAUAAUGUGGAGAUAAAGGUUCAGGCUCAGAAAGAAGAGGAUUUUUUUGCAGAUAUGAUUCCUACAAUUAAACCUACUACUCCUAAAGAAAAUUUGUCAUUUAGUUUGCCUAAGAGUCCAGUCAGUGGCAGUAACUCUGAGAAAUCCUCCUUAUUUGUUUAUACAGAAGCUGAAGUUGACAAGGAUACAAGUGCUAGCGGAUGGGGUGACGAUGAUGGAUGGGAUGUUGAAGGAUUUUAAAAUGAAAGGGAAGUUUGUCGGCCAUUUUUUAAACCUACUGCAUCUAUUAUUGUGAUUCAUGAACACUUGUGGUGAUUGAUUGGAUAAUAUGUCCUUUUCCGAAAUAUUUUUGGUAUCCAAAAAAUGUUGGUAUCUUUUGGUAUUCAAAUAUUUUUGGUAUCUUUUGGUAUCAAAAUAUUUUUGGUAUCUUUUGAUAUCAAAAUAUUUUUGGUAACUUUUAGUAUCUUUUGGUAUUCAAAAAAUUAUUGGUAUCUUUUGGUAUCCAAAAUAUUUUUGGUCUUGUGGUGUUGAUAGCUGUUUGUGAUACAUUGUAAAUUUUUAUUUUACUAUUAAGCCAAAAGUAGUCAGCACAGAAUGUUGCUGCUCAUUUAUGAUACAUGUCUGUUAUCUUUUAUCCUAGUCUUAUCACAUUUUUAUGUAAAACAUGUUUACUUUAAAAGUAUUAUAUCCUUUUUGGGUUGGUUGCUAGCUUUAUAUAAUCAAAUUUUAAAUUGUUUGAAAAAAGAAAUCCAAAAUUUUUAAAAUGAGGUUUCUUAUUUUACUGUAUUUGUAAUCAAAUAAUUUGUGGAUGAAAACCUCGAUAUUGCAUUUUGCGGGCCAUUGAAAUUACUGCAGUUCUUUAUAAAGAAUAAAUAGAGAAUAACUUUAAUAAAAAAGUCAUGACAAUCUUCCCUGUUGUGUAUUUAUUUUUUGAAACAAUAAAUUAACAAAUAAACAUGAUAAAGAUUAUUUUAGAAAUAAGGCUCUAGAAAAAAAGGUUUAUCAGAACUCUUUGUAGGACAUGGGACCUAUAUAAAUAUAUAGAGCCAAUUUUAACCUAAUCUUUAUUCCCAACAUUAACCUAAAGAGUGAUUCAUGGCAUUUUAUAAGUUAAUACGUACGUAUACUUUUUUUCAUCCAAGGAUUGUUCAUUAUAAAACAAUGGUUCCAAUCUUUCUAAAUAACUGUUAUGGCUUAGUAGCAGAUCAUGGGGAAGGGUUCCAGGGUUGGACCCCCCUUUUUUUUUUCUAUCAAUGCAUAUGAAUAGGGACAUAUGGUUGGAAUCCCCCUUUAUCCUUUAACCCCCCUUUUGAAAAUGUCUGUAUCUGUCCCUGUGGGUUACCCCCAUGAGAUUACCAUUGUGUACUGACAGGGCAUUUAGUUAGAUAUACAAUUAUUCAGUAAGUCGGUACUGAGGAUUGAAAUGUAUUGUUAUUGUGUAAGGAUUUAUUUUCUUACUUUAGUACUGUGAUGCUGUCAGCUGAGGAAACGGUUUUCAUUUAUUUUUUGUGGUAUUUUUAGCCUAUAUGAAAAAACAAAGAGCAUAUCAUGGGUCAAUUAUAAGUCAUGGUUAUCAGGUUUCAUCUAUUUUAUAAAAAUCUGGGAAACUUUUAAUUUCUGAUUAUGUUAAAUUUCUCCAUAAAAUUUAUUUUCAUCGAUUAGCACCAGAAAGAAAAUGAAACAGUCAUUAACAUUUUUCUUUCUUGACCAAAGCAAGUUAGAUAAGAAAAGUUCUCAUAGUCUUAUCUCCACUGUUGGUCCCUGAAGAAAACCUGCUGGUCACCACUUUUAUUUUAUGGUAAAAUGCCAAAAUUAUGCUGGUCCUUUACUGAAUUGGGGUGGUCAAAAACUUUGAGGUUUGUAUUCUAUAAGAAGAAACUUGCAAGUAGACGUAGCCUAAUUUUUUUAUUUUAGAUCAAUUAUUCUUAUUUUAUCAGAAAGGUAGUUCCUGCGUAAAAAGACUAGGCAGGAUUUUGAAUGGGCAAUUAGUUAUCACACUAGUAGAUUUAAGUUUAUCCCACACUUAUGGAUGGAAAAUAUAAAUGAUCAUGCAGCUUUAGAUUAAUAGAACAGCACAAUUGAUUAUUCUUUUUUACACAUGCCAAUUGUUAUUGGAAUUGUACACAAGGUUUGCUCCUAAGCUUUAUUAUUUACACUGAAAAUUUAAUUGAUAAACAAAAUUUUUGUUUUAAAUAAAGGAAUACUAAUUAUGUCAAUUUUUUGGCAUAUAUAUAUAAAUGUGCAAAUAGUACUGAUUUAGGAUACAUUUACUGAAUGAUACAAGAAUGUAGAUUCUGUAUAAGUAUUUUAUUGUAACCAUAUUAGAUUGUCUUUUUUUUCUAAAACUGCUAGAGAAGGGUAAAACUGUUAUAUUUGAUGUGUUCAGAAUUCAUUUUGCAUGCACAACAAUUGUUUAUAUUCAUUGAUAUUAUGGUUCUGCUUUACAUUCCUGCAGUAAAAUUCAAUUCAUUUGCAUUUAUUUCCUGUGUGUUCACGUCUUUAUAGUGCUUUCUUAAAUGGAACCUAAGGCUCUAGAUAAAAGGAUUAUAUCCAGACAAGAUUAUGUACAUAAGUUUAUUACUGGAAAAUGAUUUGUUUUAUGUCCCAUUUAUGGGCAUUAUGUUUUCUGGUCUGAAUCCGUUCGUCUGUUUGUCCGUCUGUCCCGACUUAGGCUUAAGUUUUUGGUCGAGGUAGAUUUUGAUGAAGUUGAAGUCCAAUCAACUUGAAACUUAGUGCACAUGUUCCUUAUAAUAUGAUCUUUUUAAUUUUAAUGUCAAAAUAGAGUUUUAAUCCCAUUUUCACUGUCCACUCAACAUAGAAAAUGAUAGUGCGAAAGGGGCAUCCGUGUACUAUGGACACAUUCUUGUUCAUUUCUGUAAUAACGAGUGACUAUAAGGAUUUUUAUUUGAAUAUUUAAAAUAAUGGAGGUAAACCUUUUAAAUAUUUCCUUACACACGUCUUUUUAGGAUUUUUUUUUACUAUACGCUUGCAAUACUUAGAAGAUUUUAUCAUGUUAUCACGAGGCAAUAUAUGUUUCUCGGGAAUUGUUCUAUAAACAUUGUAGGUACUUUCUGUUCUUGUUAAUAAAUAUAGAAUUAUGUGAA